AUGGCAUCAUCAAAAAUUCGUCCUUUACAACAACCUCAAAAUCGUCUGUACAUCAAUACAAUUAGUCGAGAGUAUAUUAAUGAUAUGCAGCAACGUCUUCGAGAUGAACGUGAACAAAAACGAUUACAUCUCGAUGAACGAAAUCGACAUUUAUUUGACAUUAUUGCAACACGGCUCGAUAUCGAUCGGUCCGAAAUUGAAGAUAAUGUUCUUGAAAGUUCCAAUUUUAAUCUUAUGGAUCAAUUUUUCAUCAAGGAUGGUAUCCAAUAUCUUGUUUUCUUCUAUCAAGAACCUGAGUCCGAUAAUCAUACAAUUGCAGCUGAUGGUUAUCGCCCACGUCUUUCUUCACAUUCUAGUCGUUCGGGUUCGACUAUUGCAAAACCAUCAAAACCUAAAGUACUUAUAGCUGAUCUCAAUGAACAAUGUCUUCGAGGCAUAUGUCUUUGUUUCAUACGUAAUUCAAAAAAUAUUGUCAUUACAGAACAAAAUAUAAAUAAUGAAGUGUUUUUUCAUACAUUCGAAUGUAGUACAGAACCGUUACUUCAAACAUUAAGUCGAUCAAUAUCCGAUAUUUAUUUACCAUUUUUUCAAGCAUCUGAAACUAGUUGGGGUUCAGAUAAAAAUCAAAUGAUUAAAAUGGAUUUUAUUAGUCGAUUGAAUAAUUUUAUUGAUACACUUAAUAAUGCACAAGAAAGUAUCAACGAGAAAAUCUUAUUAAAACCGUGUGAAAAAGUUGAUCUAACAGAAAUAAAAAGUGCCUCAGAUUAUACUUCAAUAGCAUCAAAUAGUGAAAGUUUAGGAUUUAUUGAAGAAACAAUGAAAAUAUGGAUUCGACAAAUGGAACAAGUUUUAGCUGAAAGUGAACAAAUUCGUCGAGAAGCAGAUAAUAUUGGUCCACGUGCUGAAUUAGAUUAUUGGAAAAGACGCAUGACAAAAUUUAAUUUUCUACUUGAUCAAAUUAAAUCACAAAAUGUUCGAACCAUAUUAGCUAUUUUACAAACAGCAAAAUCCAAACUUAUUCAACAAUGGAAAGCACUUGAUAUAAAAAUUACAGAUGCAGCGAAUGAAGCAAAAGAUAAUGUACGAUAUUUAUAUACAUUAGAAAAAUUUUGUGAACCAUUAUAUAAUUCUGAUCCAGUUGCAAUGCUCGAAUGUAUUCCAGGUUUAAUUAAUGCUGUACGAAUGAUUCAUUCGAUUUCACGAUAUUAUAAUACAUCGGAAAGAAUGACAUCUUUAUUUGUUAAAAUAACAAAUCAAAUGAUUACAUCAUCAAAACUCUAUAUAACUAAUAAUUAUACUCAAACAGUCUGGUCUCAACCUCAAGCACAAGUUAUAUCAAAAUUACGUGAUUGUAUUAAAUUGAAUGAAGAAUAUCAACGUUAUUUUCAAUUAACAAAAAUAAAAUUAGCAUCAAAUCCAUCUGAACGUCCAUUUGAUUUUAGUGAAAUGUAUAUAUUUGGUAAAUUUGAUGCAUUUAUGAGACGAUGUGAAAAAAUUAUUGAAAUAUUUUCAACAAUUAAUAUGUAUUCAACAUUAGCUGAAUCAAAAAUUGAAGGUAUAUCAUCCUAUUAUACAAAAUUUAAUUCAAUUGUCGUUACAUUAAAACGAAAAGAAUAUGAUUUUUUGGAUCAACGUAAACAAGAAGUUGAUAAUGAUUUAGAUGAAUUUCAUCGUGCAGUUACAGAUCUACAUCAAAAUCUUAAUGAAUUUCUUGAUAAAUAUUUUAAUUCCGUAAAAAAUAUUCAACGUGCAUUAACAACAUUAAAACGUUUUGAAAAAUUACAAUUACCAAAUAUUGGUUUAAAUGAAAAAUAUGCUAAAAUUUUACAACAAUAUUCCAAAGAUCUUGAUUUAGUCGCAAAAAUUUAUCAAAAAAAUUCCAAAGAACCACCUAUUCCAAGAGAUCUACCACCCGUUUCUGGUCGUAUUAUUUGGUCUAGACAAUUAUAUAAACGUAUUCAAGAACCUAUGAAUGUAUUUUCUGAAAAUCAAACUAUUCUUCAAUAUCCUGAAGCAAAAAAAAUUAUUAAGAAUUAUAAUCAAUUAUCAAAAGUUCUUCUUUCUUAUGAACUUUUAUAUCAUCGUGGAUGGCUUCGUCAAGUUGAUGUUGUAGCAACAGGUGUUCAUUCGAGUAUAUUAGUUCGAAUUAAUCAAGAAGAAACUCCAUCUCCUGGAUCAUCGGUGAAUACACCUGCAUCAUUAAUAAUAACAUCAACAUCAGAAACAAAUCCAGAUUAUUUCGUUAAUUUCGAUCCAAAUAUUCUUGAAUUAAUACGUGAAACUCAAUGUUUAUCACGUUUAGGUUUAGAAAUACCUAAGGAAGCUAUUUUAUUAGCACAACGAGAAGAAAUUCUUAAAAAACAUUAUCAAGAUUUAACACAAUUAGUAGAAAAAAAUAAACAAUUACGUGAAAAUAUUAAACAACCAUUUGAAGCACUUCUAGCACCAAAAAUUCAUCGAUUAAAUGAUACGAUGAAACCUGGUUUAACAUCAAUAACAUGGACAUCAUUAACCAUUGAUGAUUUUGUUAAUACAGUCAAUUCAGCAUUAGAUGAAUUUAGUUUAAUAUUAGAACGAAUGAAUAAUCUAAUAACAUAUCGUAUUAAUGCAUUACUUGAUGAAAUAGGUACCAUAGGUCUAUGUGAUGUACCUGAGGAUGAACCAAUCACACCGGAAGAAUUCUUAAAACAUACACAAGAAUUAUGUAAUCAUGCAGCAAGAGAAAUUCAAAUAAAAUCUCUAAAUAUUGAAGAUGCUGUAUAUGAAGUUAUCGAUCUUUUAUGUGGUGAUAUGGUCAUUACAGAUGCUGAUGGUGAUUUACAAAUACAAUAUUCAAAUGUUGGAAUAGAUUUAGAUCAUGAAGAAUCAGACAAUGAAGCAACACGUACUACUGAUGGCGCUUCACGAAAAUCUACUCGACAUGUUCCAUUAAAUCAAACACGACAACCAUCAACAGUAUCAUCACAAAAUGGACGAAAAAAAUCUUCAGAUAUAUUACGAGCAUCAUCACAUCGUAAACGUGAACUACAAAUUGAAAAUUUACCAAAUGCUAUUAUAGAAUUACUAACACAUUUUAGUCAUCGAAAUCUCGAUGCUAUUAUACGUGUUAUUCGAGUAACUUUAGAAAAAUUAAAAAAACGAAUUAUCUCAACAACUAAUUAUGAUCGAAAUCGUCGAGAACCACCAAUAUUUAAAGUUUUCGCGGAAUUAACUAUACCAAAUGUGACAAUCCAUCCUCCAGCAGAUGAAGUACAAGUUUAUCUAAAUAAAGUUGCACAAACAAUUAUUUCCAUUUCAAAAAAUAUAUCACAAUGGAAUAAAGAUACUCCACAAAAAAAACGUGAUGAUAAACAAGUAAUGUUACUUGAUACACAACGUGGUGAACAUAACAAUGACGGUAAUGAUAAUAUCGAUGCAUCGCCAAAAGAACCAAUUCCUCAAAUAUUAAUAAGCUCAGAUAAUAUAGAUUCUCGAUCACGAGUAAAUACAAUUACUGAUCCACAACAAUCUAAAGUACAAUUUAUCGCAGCAAAUAAUUUCUUUAAAAAUGUAAUUGAAAAUAAAGAUGUUGCUAAAUUAACUUCUCAAUUAGCUACAUGUAUCAAUGCAACAAAAAAAGAUAUUUCAACAGCACUUGAAAUUUUUAUAAAAUAUAAUCCAUUAUGGCAAAAAGAUCAUGAGGAAGAAUUAAAAUCUUUUCUUUCGAAUGAUCCGAAUGUAUCAGAAUUUGAAAAUAAAAUCAAAUAUUAUGAAGAACUUUCAUCAAGUAUUAAUUCUCAAUUAGAAUUUCUAUCUGUUGGCCCAUUGGCAAUAUUUACUGAACAUUUAAAAUUUGCACUUAAUCAAGAAAUUCGUGAAUGGGUUAUUGUUUUUGGACAAUCGUGUAACCAGAAAUAUCGAAAAGAAAUGAAUGAAGUCUUACGAUUCAUUGAAGAUAUUGAAAAACGUUUAUCUCGUGAAAUAAAAGAUUUAGAAGAUAUUCGUUUAGUCAUGAUUGCUGUUAAAGAUUUAAGAGAAAAUGAAAUACGUAUUGAUAUGAAUAUAGCACCUAUUGAAGAAUCAUAUGCAAUGUUACAAACACAUAAUGUUAAUGUAGCUCGAGAAGAAAUUGAACGAUCUGAAACACUUCGAUAUCGAUGGGGAAGAUUACAAAAUCGUUGUGCAACUAUGACAUCAUAUCUACUUGAUAUUCAACCAAAAUAUCGAUCAGAAUUAUUAAAAAAUGUUAAAAUAUUUCAUGAAGAAUGUAAACAAUUUUAUUCAGAUUAUGAACAACGUGGACCAACAAAACCUGGUUUAACACCACGUGAAUCAAGUGAUCGACAAAUAUUAUUUCAAAGUCGUGUAGAAAAUCUCUAUAAGAAAUAUGAAACCUAUCACGGUGGUGAACAACUAUUUGCAAUACCUGUUACUGAUUAUCCACAACUGGACAAAAUCAAAAAAGAUUUAACAUUGUUACAACGUCUUUAUAGUCUAUAUAAUAAAGUAUUAGAUACAGUUGCAGGUUAUUUUGAUAUAGCAUGGACUGAUGUUAAUAUUGAUAAAAUUAAUCAAGAAUUAUCAGACUUUCAAACAGCUUGUAGAAAAUUACCAAAAGGUUUAAGAGAAUUUCCAGCAUAUCAUGCAUUGAAAAAAACGAUUGAUGAUUUCAGUGAAUGUUGUCCAUUAUUGGAAAUGAUGUCAAAUCGUGCAAUGCAACAUCGACAUUGGCAACGUAUAGCUGAGGUAACAGGUGUACGAAAUUUAGAUAUUGACUCGGAAGAUUUACGAUUACGAAAUAUUAUGGAUUUACCAUUACUUCAAUUUAAAGAAGAUAUUGAAGAUAUUUGUAUUUCAGCUGUGAAAGAACGAGAUAUUGAAGCAAAACUUCGACAAGUUGAAUCCGAUUGGAAAAUGCAAGAAUUUAGUUUUGCUCAUUUUAAAUCAAGAGGAGAAUUAUUAUUGAAAGGUGAUCGUAUUCAAGAAGUUAUUAGUUUAUUAGAAGAUUCUCUUAUGUUACUUGGUUCAUUAAUGUCAAAUAGAUAUAAUGUUCCAUUUCGAAAACAAAUACAAAAAUGGGUUAAAGAUUUAACAGAUACAAAUGAAAUUAUUGAGAACUGGAUGCGUGUACAAAAUUUAUGGGUUUAUUUAGAAGCUGUUUUUGUUGGUGGUGAUAUUGCUAAACAAUUACCACAAGAAGCAAAACGUUUUUCAUCCAUUGAUAAAUCAUGGUUAAAAAUAAUGCAUAAAGCACAUGAACAAUCAACUGUUGUACAAUGUUGUUCAACUGAUGAAACAUUAAAACAAUUAUUACCACAUCUUCUUGAACAACUUGAAUUAUGUCAAAAAUCUUUAACGGGUUAUUUAGAACGCAAACGUCUUUUAUUUCCACGUUUCUUCUUUGUUUCGGAUCCAGCAUUAUUAGAAAUCUUAGGUCAAGCUAGUGAUCCACAUACAAUAAAAGCACAUCUAUUAAGUGUUUUUGAUAAUAUUAAAACAGUACGUUUUCAUGAAAAAGAAUAUGAUAAAAUAUUAACAAUUGAAUCAUCCGAAGGUGAAACCGUUGACCUUGAAAAACCUGUUAAAGCAGAAGGAAAUGUUGAAUUAUGGUUAAUGUCUCUUCUUAAAGAAUCUCAAAAAUCAUUACAUGGUGUUAUUCGUCAAGCUUAUAGUGCUUUAGCUGAUUUAUCAUCAUUUAGUCUCAUUGAAUUUCUUAAUAGUUAUCCAUCUCAAGUCGGUCUAUUAUGUCUUCAAUUAAUUUGGACACGUGAUGCAACAUAUGCAUUACGUAAUGCUAAAACUGAUAGAAAUAUUAUGAAAUUAACAGCGAAAAAUUUUAGUGAUCUUCUCGAUGUAUUAAUUGAUCAAACAACAAGAGAUUUAACACGUGUUGAACGUACAAAAUAUGAAACAUUAAUAACAAUACAUGUACAUCAAAAAGAUAUAUUUGAUGAACUUCAUCAAACAAAUAUUCGUUCUGUAACGGAUUUUGAUUGGCUUAAACAAACACGUUUUUAUUUUAAUGAAGAAAUUGAUAAAGUACAAAUAUCAAUUACAGAUGUAGAUUUUUAUUAUAUGAAUGAAUUUCUUGGUUGUAAUGAACGUUUAGUUAUAACACCAUUAACUGAUCGAUGUUAUAUUACAUUAGCACAAGCUUUACAUAUGAGUAUGGGUGGAGCACCAGCAGGUCCAGCUGGAACAGGUAAAACUGAAACUGUAAAAGAUAUGGCACGAUGUCUUGGAAAAUAUGUUGUUGUAUUUAAUUGUUCCGAUCAAAUGGAUUUUCGUGGUUUAGGUCGUAUAUUUAAAGGUCUUGCACAAUCAGGUUCAUUCGGUUGUUUUGAUGAAUUUAAUCGUAUUGAUUUACCAGUACUUUCUGUUGCUGCACAACAAAUAGCCAUUGUUCUUGCUUGUAAAAAAGAAAAGAAACGUCAAUUUACAUUUACUGAUGGUGAUAUUAUUGAAAUGAAUAUGGGUUUUGGUAUAUUUUUAACUAUGAAUCCUGGUUAUGCUGGACGACAAGAAUUACCGGAAAAUCUAAAAAUUAAUUUUCGUUCUGUUGCUAUGAUGGUACCUGAUCGUUUACCAAUUAUACGUGUUAAAAUGGCUGCAUGUGGUUUUAGAGAAAAUGUUCCAUUAUCGAAGAAAUUCUAUACACUUUAUAAAUUAUGUGAAGAACAACUUAGUAAACAAGUUCAUUAUGAUUUUGGUUUACGAAAUAUUUUAUCAGUAUUACGAACACUUGGUGCAGUUAAACGUGCAAGUAAAGAAGAUUCAGAAAAGACAAUUGUUAUGCGAGUACUUCGAGAUAUGAAUUUAUCUAAAUUAGUUGAUGAAGAUGAACCUUUGUUUAUUUCACUUAUUAAUGAUCUUUUUCCAAAUAUAAAAUUAGAAAAAGAAGUUUACGUAGAUUUAGAAACAGCAAUUAGUAAAGAAACUGAAUCUGCUGGACUUAUUUGUCAUGCACCAUGGGUAUUAAAAAUAAUUCAAUUAUACGAAACACAACGUGUUCGUCAUGGAAUGAUGACAUUAGGACCCUCCGGUGUUGGUAAAACAACUUGUAUACAUACACUGAUGAAAGCAAUGACUGUAUGUGGUGAACCACAUCGUGAAAUGCGUAUGAAUCCAAAAGCAAUAACAGCACCACAAAUGUUUGGUCGAUUAGAUUCAGCAACAAAUGAUUGGACUGAUGGAAUAUUUUCAACAUUAUGGCGACGAACAUUACGUACGAAAAAAGGAGAAUUUGUUUGGUUAGUUUUAGAUGGUCCUGUUGAUGCUAUUUGGAUUGAAAAUUUAAAUUCCGUAUUAGAUGAUAAUAAAACAUUAACAUUAGCGAAUGGUGAUCGAAUACCAAUGGCACCAAAUUGUAAAAUUAUAUUUGAAGUACAUAAUAUUGAUAAUGCAUCACCAGCUACUGUUAGUCGAAAUGGUAUGGUUUAUAUGAGUAGUUCUGGUUUAGAUUGGCGACCAUUAAUUCAAGGUUGGAUUAAACGUGAACGAUCAUCAAAUGAUGGUGAAAUUUUAAUGCGUUUAUUUGAAUCAUCAUUUCCAUUUAUUUAUCGAUAUUUUUCUAUUCAUCUUAAAUCAAAAAUGCCUGUACUUGAAUGUAUGAUUGUUACACAGGCAUGGAAAAUAUUAAAUGGUUUAUUACCACCAAAAGAAGCUAAAGAUCAAUUAACAGCGAAACAUAUUGAACGUUUAUAUGUAUUUGCAAUAAUGUGGUCUGUUGGUGCAUUUCUUGAAUUAAAUGAUCGUGCUCAUUUACAAGAUUAUAUAUUUGAUAAUACAGAUGCGAAUUUUCUCUUGGAUACACCUAUUAUACCAAGUGGUAGUGAAGAUACAAUAUUUGAUUAUUUUGUUCAUGAAAAAACUGGUACAUGGAAACAUUGGAAUACAGUUGUUACGGAAUAUGUUUAUCCAAAAGAUCAUGAUCCAGAAUAUGCAUCAAUUCUUGUACCGAAUGUUGAUAAUGUUCGAACAGAUUUUCUUAUUCAUACUAUUGCUAAACAAAAUAAACCUGUUCUUCUUAUUGGUGAACAAGGUACAGCUAAAACAGUUAUUAUUCAAUCAUAUAUGACAAGAUAUAAUUCUGAACAACAUUCACAAAAGAAAGUUAACUUUUCUUCAGCUACAACAUCAAAUAUGGUACAAAGAAUUAUUGAAUCAUAUGUUGAUAAACGUGUUGGAACAACUUAUGGUCCACCAGCUGGAAAAAAGAUGACUAUAUUUAUUGAUGAUAUAAAUAUGCCAACAAUAAAUGAAUGGGGUGAUCAAGUCACAAAUGAAAUUGUUCGUCAAUUAAUGGAACAAAAUGGUUUUUAUUCAUUAGAAAAACCUGGUGAAUUUACAACAAUUGUUGAUAUACAAUUUCUAGCUGCAAUGAUCCAUCCUGGUGGUGGUCGAAAUGAUAUUCCACAACGUCUUAAACGACAAUUUUGUAUAUUUAAUUGUACAUUACCAUCGAAUACAUCAAUUGAUAAAAUAUUUUCUGUUAUUGCAAUGGGACAUUAUAUAAAAGAACGUGGAUUUAAUGAUGAAGUACGUUCAUUAAUGCAAAAACUUAUACCAGCUACGCGACGUUUAUGGCAAUUAACUAAAUUAAAAAUGUUACCAACACCAGCAAAAUUUCAUUAUGUUUUUAAUUUACGUGAUCUUUCACGUAUAUGGCAAGGAAUGAUCUAUACACUUCCACAAAUUAUUAAUAAUGAACAAACUUUAAUUGCAUUAUGGAAACAUGAAUGUACACGAGUUAUUUGUGAUAGAUUUACUGAAGUUGAUGAUUAUCGUUGGUUUUCGAAAAUAAUUGAACGUGUUUCUGAUGAAGAAUUAGGUCCAAAAUAUCAAUCAAUGAUAAAACGAGAAGAUUGGUUUGCUGACUUUUUAAGAGAUGCUCCUGAACCAACAGGUGAUGAACGAGACGAUGCUGAUUUUGAUGCUCCAAAAAUUUAUGAACCUAUUUCAUCAUUUGAACAUCUUGAAGAACGUUUAAAAAUGCAUUUAGUACAAUAUAAUGAAAGUAUUCGUGGUUCCGGAAUGGAUUUAGUCUUUUUUAAAGAUGCUAUGAAACAUCUUAUUAAAAUAUCUCGUAUAAUUCGAACACCACGUGGUAAUGCACUAUUAGUUGGUGUUGGUGGUAGUGGUAAACAAUCAUUAACAAAAUUAGCAUCAUUUAUUGCUGGCUAUAAAACAUUUCAAAUAACAUUAACACGUGCCUAUAAUAUAAAUAAUUUAUUAGAUGAUUUAAAAACAUUAUAUCGUAUUGCUGGUAAAGAAGGAAAAGGUAUAACAUUUAUUUUCUCUGAUCAAGAUGUUAAAGAUGAAUCGUUUCUUGAAUAUAUCAAUAAUGUACUUUCAUCUGGAGUUGUUCCGGGAAUGUUUGCUAGAGAUGAAAUAGAUGAAAUAUGUCAAGAAUUAGUACCUAUUAUGAAAAAACAAUAUCCAAGACGACCUGCAACAAAUGAAAAUUUAUAUGAUUAUUUUCUAUCUCGUGUUCGACAAAAUUUACAUGUUGUUUUAUGCUUUUCACCAGUCGGAGAAAAAUUCCGAAAACGAGGUCUACAAUUUCCUGGUCUUGUUGCAAAUUGUACAAUUGAUUGGUUUCUUCGUUGGCCACGUGAUGCACUUGUUGCUGUUGCUGAUCAUUUUCUUUCAUCAUUUAAAAUUGUUUGUACGGAUGCAAUUAAAAAAGAACUUGUUCAAUGUAUGGGUUCCGUACAUGAUGGUGUAGCUGAAUAUUGUUUACAAUAUUUUCAAAAAUAUCGUCGUUCAACACAUGUAACACCAAAAUCAUAUCUUUCAUUUAUAAAUGGUUAUAAAGAAAUUUAUUCACAAAAAUUAAAUGAAAUUGAAUCAAUGGCUAAACGUAUGAAUGAUGGUCUUACACGUUUAGUUGAAGCUGAAAAAGCUGUCAUUGUUAUGAAAGAAGAAUUAACAAUUAAAGAACAAGAAUUAGAUGUAGCAAAUCAAAAAGCUGAUGAAGUUUUAAAAGAAGUUGCUGUAAGAAAAGGUGCAGCUGAAAUUGUUCGACAACAAGUACAAAAAGUAAAAGAUACUGCACAAACAUUAGUUGAUGAAAUUAAUCGAGAUAAAAUGCAAGCAAAUGCUGAAUUAGAAAAUGCAAAACCAGCAUUGAUUGCAGCUGAAGAAGCUUUACAAACCAUAACACCUCUUGAUAUUGCUGUUGUACGUAAACUUGGUCGUCCACCACGUCUUAUUCGUCAAAUGAUGGAUUGUGUUCUAAUUCUUUUUGGACGAUCUUUAAAAAAUCCAAUUAGAUUCGAUCCAGAAUUACAAGGAGCUGAGCCAAGUUGGGAAAGUUCAUUGAAAAUGAUGGCUGAUACAGGUUUUCUUCAAAAUCUUCAAACAUUUCCACGUGAUCGCAUAAAUGAUGAACAAAUCGAAUUACUUCAACCUUAUUUUCGUGUACCUGAUUAUACACCUGAAGGUGCUAAAGUAGCCGCUGGUGCCAUUGCUGGUUUAUUAACAUGGACACGAGCUAUGGCAGAUUUUUUCUAUGUUAAUAAACGUGUUUUACCAUUAAAAGCUAAUUUAGCUAGACAAGAAGCUCGAUUAGUUAAAGCUAAUAUGCAAUUAAAAAUGGCACAAGAAGAACUUGAUCGACGUGAAGCUGAAGUAGCUGAAGCCCAAGCUGAAUAUGAUGUUGCAGUGGAAAUCAAACAACGUUUACAAGAUGAUCUUGAUCGAACAUUAAAACGAAUGAAUGCUGCAAAAGAAUUAAUAGCUGGUCUAGCUGAUGAACAAGAACGAUGGACUGAACAAAGUAAACAAUUUCGUGCACAAAUAGGACGUUUGGUUGGUGAUGUACUUCUUUGUACUGGUUUUCUCUCAUAUCAAGGUCCAUUUAAUCAAGAUUUUCGUUUGUUAUUAGUAAAAGAUUGGCAAAAAUUAUUAACCGAACGAAAUAUUCCAUUUACACGAACAUUAAAUGUAACAGAAUAUUUAACUGAUGUAACUAUUAUUGGUGAAUGGAAAUUACAAGGUUUACCCAAUGAUGAAUUAUCCAUACAAAAUGCAAUUAUUGUCACACGUGCUAAACGUUAUCCAUUAUUAAUUGAUCCACAAGGACAAGGCAAAGCUUGGAUAAAAAAUAAAGAAUUAUAUAAUGAUUUACAAUCAACAAAUCUUUAUUCCAAACAUUUUCGACAACAUCUAGAAGAUAGUUUAUCACUUGGUCGUCCAUUAUUGAUUGAAGAUGUUGGUGAAGAACUUGAUCCAGCAUUAGAUAAUAUUUUAGAGAAAAAUUUUAUUCGUACUGGUUCACAAUUAAAAGUUAAAAUUGGUGAUAGAGAAAUCGAUAUAUUAAAAGGUUUUAAUUUAUAUAUAACAACAAAAUUAGCAAAUCCAGCAUUUACACCUGAAAUAUCAGCUAAAACAUCCGUUAUUGAUUUUACUGUUACAAUUAAAGGUUUAGAAGAUCAAUUAUUAGGUUUAACAAUUUUGAAAGAAAAAGUCGAAUUAGAAGCUGAACGUGUUAAAAUGUUAGAAGAUAUUCAAGAGAAUAAUAAACGAAUGAAAGAACUUGAAGAUAAUUUAUUAUCACGAUUAAGUAAUUCAAAAGGUUCAUUAGUUGAUGAUGAUGAUCUAAUUCGAACAUUAAAAACAACUAAAAUAACCUCCAAUGAUGUUAAACAAAAACUUCAAAUAGCUACAGAAACAAGUCUAAAAAUAAAUAUUGCACGUGAAGAAUAUCGUCCAGUUGCUACUCGUGGUUCAAUUAUAUAUUUUCUUAUUGUUGAAAUGUCUCUUGUUAAUGUUAUGUAUCAAACAUCAUUAAAACAAUUUUUACAAUUAUUUGAUCAAGCACUUGAACGUUCACCACGAUCACCAAUUACAUCAAAACGUAUAACUAAUAUAAUGGAAUUUUUAACAUAUGAAAUGUUUAAAUAUGCUGUUCGAGGUUAUUAUGAAGAACAUAAAUUUAUGUUUACACUUUUAUUAGCAUUAAAAAUUGAUUUACAAGCUGGUAAAAUAAAAUUUGAUGAAUUUCAAACAUUAAUCAAAGGUGGUGCUUCAUUAGAUACAAAUACUGUACCACAAAAACCAUCCUAUAAAUGGCUACAAAAUGAUGCUUGGCUUAAUCUCGUUGAAUUAUCUAAACUUUUUCAAUUCAGUGAUAUUCUUCAAUCAUUUCAUCGCGCUGGUUCAGCAUGGGAAACAUGGUUUAAGAAAGAUGAACCAGAACGUAUCGAAUUACCUGAUGGUUGGGAUUUACAAUUAGAUAAAUUUCGUCGUCUACUAUUAAUUCGUUCAAUAACACCAGCACGUUUUGUUAAAUCAGCCAAUGAUUAUAUUAUUGAUUCAUUAGGAACAAAAUAUGGUGAAGGUGUUGUACUUGAUAUGGAAAAAAUGUGGGAUGAAUCAGAUAAAUGUUCACCAAUGAUAUGUUUUCUAUCUAUGGGUUCAGAUCCAUCGGUACAAAUUGAAACAUUAGCAAAAAAGAAAUUAAUUGACUGUAAUGCAAUAUCAAUGGGACAAGGACAAGAAGUUCAUGCACGACGAUUAUUAGCACAAGCUUAUAUAAAUGGUACAUGGGUAUUAUUACAAAAUUGUCAUUUAUCAUUAGAAUUUUGUGAAGAAUUUUUAUUACAAUUAACUGAAAAUACUGAUCGUAUACAUCCUGAUUUUCGUCUUUGGAUAACAACAGAAGUGCAUCCGAAAUUUCCUAUUGGUCUACUACAAAUUUCAAUAAAAUAUACAGCUGAACCACCACAAGGUAUAAAAGCAGGUUUAAAACGAACAUUUGCUGGUUUAACACAAGAACAACAAUUAGAAACAAAUACACAAGAAAAAUGGCGACCAUUAUUAUAUACAGUUGCAUUUUUACAUACAAUUGUACAAGAAAGAAGAAAAUUUGGUCCACUUGGAUGGAAUAUACCAUAUGAAUUUAAUCAAUCUGAUUUUAAUGCAACUGUUCAAUUUAUUCAAAAUUACCUCGAUGAAAUGGAAGUAUCAAAACCAAUACAAUGGAAAACUAUACAUUACAUGAUUUCCGAAGUACAAUAUGGAGGACGUGUAACCGAUGAUUUUGAUAAACGUCUUCUUAAAACAUAUGUUCAAUGUUGGUUUCGUGAUGAAAUGUUUGAUCCAAAUUUUCAAUUUGAAGAAAAAACUUAUCGUAUACCAAAAAUAACACAUAUGGAUGACAUUUUCAAUUAUAUAGAUACAAUACCAAAUUAUGAUAGUGGAAAAGUAUUUGGAUUAAGCCCAUUAGCCAAUGACAGAUAUCAAGAAGAUACAACUAGGAGAGUUCUCGAUACAAUUUUAAGUAUUCAACCAAAAGAAGCUCGUGGUGGUGCAGGUGAAACACGUGAAGCUGUUAUUUAUCGUUUAGCAACAGAAGCCUUAGAAAAAUUACCACCGGAUUAUAUUGCUCAUGAAGUCAAAGAACGUCUUUCAAAGCUUGAACCAAUGAAUAUUUUUCUUCGACAAGAAAUUGAUCGUUUUCAACGUGUAAUUAGUGUUGUACGACAUACAUUAAUUGAUUUAAAACUAGCUAUUGAUGGUACAAUUGUUAUGAAUGAAGAAUUACGUGAUGCACUUGAUCGAAUGUAUGAUGCUAAAAUUCCAAAUGUUUGGUUAAGAUACUCAUGGGAAUCAUCAACAUUAGGUGCUUGGUUUAGUGAUUUAUAUGCACGAAAUGAACAAUAUCGUUCAUGGUUAAAACUUGAUAAAGAUACAAAACCACUUGCUUAUUGGAUGACAGGAUUUUUUAAUCCACAAGGAUUUUUAACAGCUAUGAGACAAGAAAUAACAAGAGCGAAUCCAGGUUGGUCACUUGAUAAUGUUAUCUUAACAAAUAAAAUCACACGAUUUGAUCGUGAAAGUAUAAAAGAACCACCAAAGGACGGUGGUGUUUAUGUAUAUGGUAUUUAUAUUGAAGGAGCAAAAAUAAGAAACGGUGUCUUGGAUGAAUUAAAAGCAAAUGAAAAAGUAUUAACACAUCCAAUGCCUGUGAUACACAUAUCAGCUGAAGCUGAUUUUGGUACAAGUGGAUCACCUACAAAACAAGAUCGUCGUCCAACUUAUUAUGCACCUGUUUAUAAAAAACCACGUCGAACUGAUAGAAAUUAUGUAUGUACACUUAAAUUAGAAUGUCCACCUGGUGAUAAAACAGGACCCAAUGUAUGGACAUUACGUGGUGUUGCACUUCUUUGUGAUAUUAAAUAG